UCGACUCCCCCUUCAGUCGAUCUCAGUUGUCGGUGAGGCCGGCGGGGCGGAUCCCACAGAAAAUUGAAAGAGAAAAUAAAGCAACACGACAAAGCCAAGGCAAUUUAGACUCCAAUCGAUUAUUCUACUCCCCUGUGGACAGUCUGACCAACAAGAUGCCCUCAGCGACAAAUGACAACAGGACUGUCAAGUCCGCUAGUCCGGACGUGGGAUCCGUUCCCGGUUCAGCGGUCCAACUCGCCAUCAGUCAGAUGUCUGGAGGCCACACAGAAGCCAUGAAGCAGGUCUUGGGCAUUAUUGAGAAGAAAGUCCGCAACAUGGAAAAGAAGAAGGGCAAGCUUGAUGACUACCAGGCCAGGCACGACAAAGGGGAGCGUCUCAACCAGGACCAGCUGCAAGCCCUUUCGAAGUACCAAGAGGUGACCAACAACCUGGAGUUUGCCCGGGAGCUGCUGAAAAACUUCCUGGCCCUGGGGCAAGACCUCCAGAAGGCGGUGAAGAAGGCGUCUCGUCGGGAGCAGCUGCAGCGGGAGGAGGCGGAGCAGAAGAGGCUGCGGAAGGUGCUGGAGCUCCAGUUCCUCCUGGACCGGCUCGGGGAGGACGCCGUGCGGCAGGAGCUCCUGCAGGGGGCGGGGGGGCCCUCGCUGCUCACGGAGGGGGACCUCACCGCCCUGGACGAGUUCUACAAGCUGGUAGGGCCGGAACGGGACCAAACCAUCAGGUUGACUGACCAGUAUCAUGAGGCAUCUCAGCACUUAUGGGAACUAUUGGAGGGCAAGGACAAAGCUGUGGCAGGAACCACAUACAAAGCCCUUAAGGACACCCUGGAGCGGGUGAUGCAGAGCGGUUAUUUCGACACGGCACAGAACAACCACCAGAACGGAGUUUGCAGCGCGCAGGAGGAGGAAGAGGAGGAGGAGCCCGUGGCGGUGGUUGUGGAGUCAUCGGAAACGGAGGAGCAGGCUGGAGACACAGAGGGCGAGCUGGUGGAAGAGUAUGCAGAGCCUAUAGCAGUGGAGGCAACAGAGUUUGUAAACAGACAGUUCAUUCCAGAGAGCACGUACAGCAACAGCACUCAAGAGCAAGCAGAAGAGUGGAGUUCUGAAUCAGAGGUGGUGAGUUCACUGCAGCAGCAGCCGCCAGCGCCAGUGCCCGUGCCUGUUCCCGUGCAGACGGCGCCCCCUCCCGUGGUGAGCGAACCCCAUCCAAUGACAUCGGUGACCCCCACGCCCGCCCCGGACCCCGUGCUGCGCAAGCAGGCCGUACAGGACCUCAUGGCACAGAUGCAGGGGCCCUACAACUUCAUGCAGGACUCCAUGCUGGAGUUUGAUGGCCCUCCCAUCGACCCUGCCAUUGUGUCGGCACAGCCCAUGAAGCCUGCCCAGACCAUGGACAUGCCCCAGAUGGUCUGCUCCCCAGUUCAUCCAGACGCAUGCCUUGCACAGCCCAGCCCUGUUCCUGUACAGCCUGAACCAACACAAGUUCCAUUGGUCGCUCCCUCACCAGAGGCCUUCUCUACGCCGUCCCCCCACCCCCCCAUGUACCAGCCCCCCCACCCAGCAGACCCACGACCACAGCCCGAAGCCAUCGACCCCAUCCAGGCCUCCAUGUCCCUGUCAACAGAGCAGCCCCCUCCCUCCUCCGCCCUACCCGCCGCCACCCAGACGCAAGUGUUCCAGCCUAGCUCCAAGCCCCUGCACAGCAGUGGCAUCAACGUCAACGCCGCACCAUUCCAGUCCAUGCAGACGGUGUUCAAUCUCAACGCGCCUGUGCCUCCAGCCAAUGAGACGGAGUCCCUGAAGCAGCAGAGCCAGUAUACCAACAGCUACAGCCAGGGCUUCAGCACCCAAGCGCCCCACGCACUCGAGCAGCCAGAGAUGCAGCCUGACCAGCUGCAGUCUGGUGAGCACGUGGUUGGAGCUUUCCACUCCCAAGACCAAUCGCUCCCGAGUGCAGCUGGCCACCAGGGUAUGUCUCAGCAGGGGGCGGGGCAGGGUACUGGGUUCGGACGGCCCGCCCAGUCCUUCUAUAACAGCAGAGCCAUGUCCCGCGGUGGACCCAGGAACUCCCGCGGCAUGAUCAACGGCUACCGGGGACCAUCCAACGGUUUCAGAGGUGGAUACGAUGGCUAUCGCCCUCCCUUCUCCAACACUGCAAACUCUGGCUAUGGCCAGACUCAGUUCAGUGCGCCACGUGACUACUCCAACAGCAACUAUCAGAGGGACGGUUACCAGCAGAACUACAAGCGUGGAGCAGGCCAGGGCCCACGCGGCUCUGCUCGUGGGAACUCCCAGGCCAUUCGCACCUGAAUAAAAAAAAACAGGCAAACUGACCACUCAGCCCCACAUUGAACGUUCAAACCGAUAGCAUUUUAUCCCCGCUCACCCCUUUUUGUUAUUUUGUCUUUUUGUUUUCUUGUUUUUGUUUUUAUCAUCAGUGGUAUCUUCUCUCCUCCUGGCCACUCUCUCGUAAGCCUGCUUUGACGGUAUUUAAGAAAAAAAAGAGAACCAUUUUAACGAGUCUAAACACAAGCAAAGCUGAGAAUCCUUCAGCUAUCAAUAUUUUAAGCCUGUGUUUGUAUCAAAUAUUCCUGUAAACUUGAAAGAUUUCAUUAAUUUAUUUUUUUGUAUAAAAUAAAAGCAAAAAUACCUACCACUGCUGGUCUAAACCCUGGGAGUAUGUUUCUGUUUUUUCCCCGUUUUUUUGUUUUUUUUUGUUUUUGUUUUGUUCUGCCACUUGUUUUAGUUCAACACGUUUGUUUUCUUUUUGGUACAUUCUAAAGAAGCUCCCAAACACAGUUUGUAAAUUGAUGUUGCUUCAGAAGUUUCAAUAAAGAUGUGUUGCAUUAA